AUGCUGAGCAUGCUAACUAGUGGAAAUCAAGCUAACGAAGUUGAUGGAGCCGUUAGUGGCCGUAAAUGUGUCUAUUAUGUAUUGUCUCGUUUCUAUUUCCAUGGUCUGGUCAAUCCUAUCGUACCAAGCAGCACAUCUGGGCUUGGUUCACCACAAAACACCAAGAAUGUAAGCUGUAGUAAUACACCAACCGAUUCACAUCGACGUUCAUCGGAUCUUUACUCGCCGAAUUCAUCAUCGAAACAAAUUCAUAAAGAAAGGCAAUAA